AGCCCCUUUUUCCUGUGGGAGCAGCCGGGUUGAGAGGAGCGUGGCUCUCUCCUCUCCCCGUCAUGGCUUGUGCCCGUCCCCUCAUAUCGGUGUACUCUGAAAAGGGGGAGUCAUCUGGCAAGAAUGUUACUUUGCCAGCUGUCUUCAAAGCUCCCAUUCGACCGGAUAUUGUGAACUUUGUUCAUACCAACUUGAGGAAAAACAACAGGCAGCCCUAUGCCGUCAGUGAAUUAGCAGGUCAUCAGACCAGUGCUGAGUCUUGGGGUACUGGCAGAGCUGUGGCUCGAAUUCCCAGAGUUCGAGGUGGUGGUACCCACCGUUCUGGCCAGGGUGCCUUUGGAAAUAUGUGUCGGGGAGACCGCAUGUUUGCACCAACCAAAACCUGGCGUCGUUGGCACCGCCGAGUGAACACAACCCAAAAGCGAUACGCCAUCUGUUCUGCACUGGCUGCCUCAGCCUUACCAGCUUUGGUGACGUCUAAAGGUCAUCGUAUUGAGGAAGUUCCUGAGCUCCCUUUGGUAGUUGAAGAUAAGGUUGAAGGUUACAAGAAGACCAAGGAGGCUGUUCAGCUGCUUAAGAAACUUAAGGCUUGGAAUGACAUCAAAAAGGUCUAUGCCUCUCAGAGAAUGAGAGCUGGCAAAGGCAAAAUGAGAAACCGACGACGUAUCCAGCGCAGGGGGCCCUGCAUCAUCUAUAAUGAAGAUAAUGGCAUCAUCAAAGCCUUCAGAAACAUCCCUGGUAUUACUCUGCUUAAUGUCAGCAAGCUGAACAUUUUGAAACUUGCUCCUGGUGGGCAUGUGGGGUGA